AUGGGUGUCAUUGCCAUGAUUGAGGUCCUUCAGAUCGUGGAGUAUAAGAGAGAAAUAAGGAAGAAGUGCAUGAUGGCAGCGCCAAAGGGCACACUGACAUUUAGAAGAUGGAAUGAAGAAGAUAAGCCCAUAGAGGAGACAGAGAAGGAAGAGCAGCAGAAGUACCAGAUCUGUGCCCUGGAAGCAUCACUGAGGUUGCUGCAGGGGGGCCCAGAGCGAAGGGCCCGUCUCCCGGAGCGACGCUUGGAGGGGCUGAGAAGGGAACUGCAGGGCCUGGGAAGCCAGGUGCAGGAACGCGCCAGAGCCCAGAUACAAACAGGACCACAGAAGUGCAAGGCUACCAGCGGCCUUCACCGAGAGCUGCGGAAUGAGCAGCAACUGCCGUGGGAGGAGCCAGAGAUGCUUCGGGAGGAACAGAAGUUGCUGCAGGGCCAGCUGAGCCGGCACCCGGUGCUGCUGCUGAAACCAAAGACGGAGGGGCGGCACUUAGGCCGCAGCUGGAGGACAUCCGUUCAUAUCCUCCAGUCUAAGCUGCCCGCGGCUGCCAUCUUCGCCAUGUCACUUUCUUCAUCUAGCUCUGAAAUCAGUCUUCCGGACUGUAACAGUAGCUGGGAACUUCUAAGGAAGCUAGGUGGGGGAGCUCCAGAGGCACACCCUUUCUAACCCGGAGCCCAGCAGCUUUCAGCUCCAGGCCCAGAGCCUUGAGCGGGACGACCCAUUCUUUAAGGGCCCCAAGAUGUUCCUGAGUGACCUGGAAGGACUUGUAAGAGUGGUAGGAUGACGUCUUCUUUGCUCACCUUCCCCUCCAAGGUCCCCGUUUCUGGAUCCCCUGCCCCUCCCUUCUUGAUCUAGCUGGUAUUUGCCCCCCUACUGAGGCUUGUCACUGCCUGUCCCUCCCUACCCACCAAUAAAUAAAUAAAAUGG